UUCAUCUCGUUCUCAGCACUAAUUCAUUGUUCAUCGAACUUCAUUUUUUUCUCCACAAUUAAAGCGUCUUCAAUUAACCUGAAUUGAUAUUUACAUUUUUGAAGGGAGAAAUUUAUCUUCGUUUAUGAUGGUUAUCUGUUCAUUGGAUUGAAAAGGGUGACGUCGACAAAAGCAAGUAGCAAAAACCAGCCAUAAAGAAACAUGGCACCCCUGUCAUAUGUUGCAACAUUGUUCAUUGCAACUUUGCUUUUAGGCUAUGGGUUAUCUAAGCCAAGAAAAUUUGCAAAAAGAGAUAUACGAAAGUUAAUAAGCGCCAAGAAAUUAUGCCACAAAAUGCGUUUUAUAAUCCUGGUUCAGCUGAAGUUUCAAGAUUAUCGUUUGAAGACCAAAAUGCUGAGCAAGAUAACAGGUUUUAUCAGAGUGCGAACAGCGAUGCUUCAACUGGGCUCUUCAAUGGUUACAAGGAAAUGAAGAAGCCUCAAGAGGGGCGGACCAGUAUGGAAAUGGAAAGGAGGCAAUGCAAGUACAGCAAGGAUUUUUAGAUCAAAGCGAGGUACAACGACCGAGUGCUGAAUACGUAGAUAACCGUCCUAUUGCUGACAGUAUGGUCGAGGAGGCGAAAUCAUACGAAACAACGGCGGGCCUGAACCAGGCAGGGAAUUCGAAGCUAGGUGUCAAUCCAUUCGAAAUGCCUGCUGGCUAUCCGGAUCAAGAUGGAUACAAGAAAUCAACUGUUACCAAACAGAAUUUGCCGCUGAACGAGCCCCAUCCAGAGGGUGCGCAUAAACACGUGACUGACAAUGCCAUUUUGACUCACGAAAAUGACACGUGGUAUGGAGUGAGUAGAUACCCACCAACACGGAAGGCAGCCCAAGGUUCAGUUAACAAUACCUCAAACACUCCACAGCCAGCUGGAUCAUCUGUCGUGGCUGGCCUCUCAAUGCCGCCGAAUGCGCAGCCUUCGCAGUAUAAGGUUUCCGUAACGGGAAAUCAGAACAAGGAUGGGUACUUAUCAACUUCCCAAGUGCAAGCCACAUAUCCGAUAGGCCAGCUGCCAUCGUAUCCACAAGCCACUGCUUACUACCAGAACGCGGCCGUGCCUAGCACAAAUAAGACAAACAACGAUAUCAAAACGGGAACUUCGAAAGUUCAGUACCUUUUCCCUCCUCCACAGAAUAUAUAUGACACAACCAACGCAGCGCAGCAAGAUAAAUUGCCUAAGCAGAAACCAGAGCUAGCACCUGUAACUGACACACUUGAUUUAAAGCUGGAGAAGCGCCCUCUGACGGCACCCCUGACUCCCAAGCCAGCUCAAGCAGUUGUUGCACAGGCGCCAGCCCCGGCACCGGCGCCAGCUAUUGCACCAGCGCCAGCCCCAGCACUGGCUUCAGCCCCAGCACCUGUUCCAGUUGCUGCACCAGCAUAUGUUCCAGUUGCUGCACCGGCAUAUGUUCCAGUUGCUGCACCAGCAUCUGUUCCAGUUGUUGCACCAUCGCCACCCCCCGCACCACAGAAGGUUCCAUCAGCCAAAAACUACCCAAUUGACUUGAUUUUGUUGAAUCAACCGAAACAGGCCAGCUCCAGUUCUUCAAAAGAAAAUCACCAACUAGCUUCGGUGACCCUAACCAAGCCAAUGGCACAGCAAAGUCAGCCUGGAACCUCUACCUUGCCGUCUGCAGCUCAAACAAGACCAAGCGAAUCAAAGCCAGCCCCAUCCGUAGCAAGACCAGUUGUGGCAGAAUCGAAACCGGAGCAACCACAAGCCGGAUCUGCUACGCAACAGCAAAUCCAGAACAGCCAAGCAGGCGUGGCACAAGCCGAUGAUUCACGCUGUGUAGAGUAUCCUUUGUCAAGGUGUGGCGAGGAAUGGCUAAAGAAAAACUGUCAAAUCAGAUGCAAAGGACAAAACACUACGUGCACAGUGCCUUCUAAUGGUGGCACUGGCAACAACGGUUGCUGCUCAUUUCCUUUCAUUUACAACGGGCAGCCGUACUACUCCUGCAUUAUGAACCCCGGACAAGUAUACUGGUGUGGAACUACCCUCAAUUUUGAUAAAGAUCGAUUAUGGGGAUACUGCGCAGGGUGCCCAUAUUACCCAUGUCCAGCGCUCACAACAACAACAGCCCCAUACACAACUGCAAGUACCGCAUACACAACGCAGACUCCUUUAACUACAGCAAAAAGCACAACAGGAAGCCUGGUAACAACCAAACCUCCAGCGACAACAGCUCCAUCCACAAGCACUGCGCCGCCUACAACAACAGCGCCACCUACAACAACAGCGCCACCUACCACAACAGCGCCACCCACAACAACAGCGCCACCUACAACAACAGCACCGCCUUCCACAACAGCGCCACCUACAACAACACAACCGUCAACAACAACCUACUCCACUAGACAACCGACCACCAAAGAAACAACCAAGUCACCAAAGACCACAGCACCUUCCCCAACCAUAACUCCUGCUACCAUCGGUUGCGGAACUUGGUCAGAAUGGACGAAUUGUGACAAGACUUGCGGUGGGGGACAAAAGUACAGAUAUAGAAACUGCACAAAGGCCGUCCUUGUGAAUGAAGUCGAGUAUGAAACUCAGCCAUGCAAUACGAACGUCUGUUCUAUGGAAUGUGGAAACUGGACCCAAUGGAGUGAAUGCUCUGCCACUUGCGGUUAUGGAUUCCAGCAGCGAUUUAGAAAUUGCAGUAUGAAUGGGGAAAUUAAAGUUUUUAUUGAUCGGAAGCAAUGUUACAUGGCAGACUGCCCCGCUGAUUGCAAACCGUGGACUGCGUGGUCAGAAUGCAGCAAAAGUUGCGGUAAAGGUAGUCAAGCUAGAUACAGAAACUGCAGCUUGACUGACGGCAUCAGAUCGUUCUCAAGAGUAUUCUACGAGCAAAGAAUUUGCAAUCCUGACCCUUGUCCGCCAGAUUGUAAUCAAUGGUCAGCUUGGACGGCCUGCACAAAGUCAUGUGGGGAAGGGACGCAAUACAGAUACACAAAUUGCAAAUUGAACAAUGGAGACAAUAUGACGUAUUAUGACCACCGCGUGUGCAACACCCAAGACUGUCCGCCAGUUUGCGGAAUAUGGGGAAAAUGGUCUGAAUGCACAAAAACUUGCGGAGGAGGAUCACAGCAUCGUGUAAGAAACUGCUCGAUAGAUAGCCAUGGCAAAACGACAAAGUUUAGCGAAGGCGAAGUGCAAGAGUGCAACACGCAGCCUUGUCAACCAAAAAUAAAAUGCUUUGAAUGGGGAGCCUGGACUGAGUGUUCUGCGACCUGCAACGGUGGUGACAGAAUGCGUGUGAAGGAAUGUCACAGCGAGGAUGGUAUAAAGUUUUACCAGCCUGAAAUCGAGACUUGUAAUGCUAAGCAGUGCGAUAGAGUAUGUGGUGAAUGGUCCGCCUUCACAGCAUGUUCUAAGUCAUGCGGGGGCGGUUUUUCAGAAAGAUGGAGGACCUGCGAUGGCAAGGUAGAGGAAGAUAGUGUUUCUUGUAACACAUUCCCGUGCAUAACUACGACUUCGCCUCCAACGACACCCACACCCUCUCCAACAGUUUGCUCAGUUUGGUCAAAUUGGUCUGAAUGCUCCGCUACAUGCAAUGGGCUGCAAUCAAGAAUAAGGCAUUGCAAAAACAGCACCCAUGAACACGACGAGCUGCAAGCAAGACCUUGUAACACAUUGCCUUGCCCCGGAAAUGCCACCACACCAACAACUGCUCCUUCGACGCCGCCAUCAACUACGACUCCGCCGCCAACCACGCCUACUACACCAAAAAUGACCACUACUGCUUCAACACCAAAUAUAACCACUGUACCUACGACGACCCCUCUUCCCGAAUGCACCGAGUGGUCAAAGUGGUCGAAAUGCUCGCUUUCCUGCGGAGGAGGAUAUCAAGAGCGGUUCAGGACGUGCUCCCAUUUUGAACAAGAGAUUGAAAGCCGAAUUUGUAAUAAACAGCCUUGCCCCCCUUCUACAACCACACCACCAAAAACAACGCCAAGACCGCAACCAGGGCCAUACCCAGAAUGCCUUGUUGCCUACCUGAGCUUCGACCGAAUUGACGAGCUGAACAAAAUUGUUUAUGAUGAAAGUCCCUAUCACAACGAUGCCCAACUCGAUGGCAAUCUUACCUUUGUCAAUGGCAACUUCAGCUGUGGCUACGCCGUCAAGUUAGAUGGCGGAGAAAUAGUUUUCGAUGGCUCAAAGUUCAACCCAAAGCCAUCAGUAGCCAUUACAGUUGCUGCUUGGAUUUACAUCGAGUCGAGUGUAGACAGACAAACCAUAUUUGCAACUAGAGCUGGUGGGAGUAGUGCAGACAACUUCUUCCUGGAGGUGGAGCAAGGAAAAAUUCGUUGGUAUCACAUCGAUCCAGUUGGGAAAAGAGUCUUUUUCAUAGUGACCGAGUCAUUGAUACCUUCAAAGACUUGGAUUCACAUCGCUGGAUCAUACGAUGUUACGAGUGGAAAAGUCCGAUUCUUUGUCAACGCAGAAGAAAGCAAGGUUACAGUCGGCCAAGGUCCUCUUACUCAAGACUGGGAUGCUUAUGCAAAGAUAGCAGGCGGUGGCUCUGGCACUCAGUUCAAGGGUCUCAUCGAUGAAUUUUACAUCUUCAAUUGCUCGUUGAUCGACGAACAAGUUCGCGUUGUAGCAGACACUUGCAAGUUGAGAGAAGGUACUGAAUGUCCAUCCCCUCUUCUCGGCGUCUGCCCGCCCUGUGAGAACUGCACUUCACCACCAACACGACCACCAAUCACGGACGAGCCAAUUGACGGAGGCUUUGGAUCCUGGUCAAACUGGACAAAAUGUUCCGUAUCAUGCGGUGUUGGAUACAGAACAAGGCAUCGGGAGUGCGAUACGCCUGAACCUCAGUAUGGCGGCCUUAACUGCAUCGAGGCUGGUCUUGGCCCUGAAGACGAGUCGACCAGUUGUGAUAUGGGACCAUGCGCAAUUGAUGGCAACUGGGGCGCAUGGGGGCAAUGGAGCGCCUGCAGCGUUACUUGUGGUAUCGGGUACAGGACCCACUGGCGCGAGUGCAACAACCCUAUGCCUACAAAUGGAGGCAAGAUAUGCGAAGGAGCAGAUAUGGCACAAGAUGAAUGUCACCAAACCCCAUGCCCAGUCCAUGGUAAUUACUCGUCGUGGACCAGCUGGACCGAAUGCUCUGUCACUUGCGGUAAUGGAACAAAAUCCAGGCAGCGAGAUUGUACUAAUCCUUCCCCAAAAUAUGGAGGUAAAGACUGUAGCAGUCUUGGGCUUGGCGAAGAAGUUCUGGGAUGUUUGAAAGAUCCCUGUCCACGUGACGGCUCGUGGUCGAACUGGUCUCCAUGGAGCCAGUGCUCAAAGACAUGUGGUGACGGAACGAUGUCUAGGAAGAGAAGUUGUGAUUCUCCGCCACCAGCAAACGGUGGCACUUCCUGUGCUGGAAAUUCAACUUCAGUUAUAUUCUGCAAGCAGGCGGAAUGCUGCGACAUUCCUUAUAAAGACAUAGGUUGCUUCAAGGACACUGGCGCAAUUCCACGCCCUCUUCCGCAACUGCUCUUUACUGAUCGAGACCCGAAAGAUGAUGUUUAUAGUGGUAUUCCUGUUCAUGGCCAGGACUUCGAUUCGUACGUCACUGAGCUGAUUUGCAGGUGUGCAAAAGUGUCUAAAGAGAAGAAAUUCACGCAUUUUUCAAUCCAGGAGUACGGAGAGUGCUACUCCGGUCCCGAUGUUGCAAAGACUUACGCCUCACAAGGAAAAGAGACGCUGUUCAGAUUUAGGCCGGAUAACAAGCCAUGGAUCGGAUGCAUGGAUACAAAUUACAAACAGUGCCAACAGCCCUCGUCUACCUGCAUCGGGCAAGAGAUGACAAAUUUUGUCUAUGGCUUGGAGAAUGUAACUGCAGUGGAUGGAAAUUACACACAAUGGAGCGACUGGAGUGAAUGCUCUACAACUUGCGGCGAGGGCCAGCAGUCACGUGUCAGAGAAUGCACCAAUCCAAAACCUGCAUUUGGAGGAAGAAACUGUUCUCAUCUUGGUGAACCGGUUGAGACAAAACCAUGCAUGAAAAUUAAAUGUGAAGGACCAGCAAAUUGGGGAAAAUGGUCAAACUGGACUGCCUGCUCCUUAUCUUGUGGGGAAGGAAUCCGGCAAAGGUUCCGGGAAUGCGACAACCCUCCCCCAGCUUAUGGAAAACCUGGCUGCCAAGGUCCGGCUGUGCAAUCAGAAACCUGUGAAAAUGUGCCAUGUCCAGUGAACUGCUCCUGGUCAGAAUGGAGUCAGUGGAGCAGAUGUAGUGCUACAUGUGAUCAGGGCGUGCAGAUCCGCCAUAGAGAGGACGAUGAUCCACCAGCCAUGUUCGGUGGAGCAGAAUGUGUUGGUCCAGCCACAGAUCUGCAGCAAUGCUACACUGGCUUCAAAUGUCCAAUCGACGGAAAUUACACGGAUUGGUCUGAAUGGGGAUCUUGUUCUCGCACGUGUGGUGGAGGUUACAAAUUGAGAGGCAGGACUUGUACCAACCCAGCUCCUGCCAAUGGCGGUAAAGAUUGCUCUGAAUUAGGACCAAGCUCAGAAACAAAGGAAUGUGGUGUGGCACCAUGUGCCCAAAACGGAAAUUAUUCAGAGUGGAGUGAAUGGUCUCUUUGUGAUCAAUCCUGUGGCGCUGGCCUGCAAUCGAGGUCACGAAAGUGCAACAACCCAUCGCCUCUAAAUGGAGGCAAAAACUGUUCUCUUAUUGGGCCAGCAAAAGAUCUGCGACAGUGUAACUUAUCAAACUGUCCAAUUGAUGGGAAUUUCACGGAAUGGACAUCUUGGAGUGCUUGCUCGAAGACAUGUGGCCUGGGGCAAGUGCACCGCUCUAGGUCCUGCAGCAACCCCCUGCCUCAAUACGGUGGGAAGUUUUGUUCUGGUAAUGAUACGGAGAGUAAGCCAUGCAAUGAAGGACCUUGCUGCCUUGUUCCAUACAAAGACAUCGGUUGUUUUGCGGACACUUCGCAGGCGCAGGUGCAGAAGCCAUUGCCAGAACAGUUAUUUGAUGAUAGCAGCAAUCUUGACUAUGAAAACUUUGAUCAGUACAUCGAAGAGGUGAUCUGCUUAUGCGCCAACGCAGCCUUUCAGAAGCAGUACACACAUUUUUCGAUCCAGUCUUUGUCAAAAUGUUAUUCGGGGCCUAAUGUAGCGAAGACAUACAAUAAGGAUGGCCCGUCUAGCUCAUGCAUCGCAAGAGGAGGAGCGCCAACUCUAGGGAAGUACGAAUCAUGCAAGUCACCAGACUUGGUCUGUGUUGGUAAAGAGAAAGCAAAUUAUGUGUAUGGCUUAGCAAAUGUAACGGCUAUUAAUGGAAAUUACACAUCAUGGUCAAGUUGGACAGACUGCAGUGCCUCGUGUGGACCAGGCACCCAGUCUCGGUAUCGCUCAUGUACCAACCCAGCGCCUGCAUUUGGCGGCAAAGACUGCAGCUCCAUUGGCGAGCCAGAUCAAGAAAAGUCUUGCGAAAUUCAGAAAUGCCCAGUUGAUGGUGGAAUGAGUCAAUGGACAAAUUGGACUGAAUGUUCCCCAAGUUGCGGUAAAGGGAAGUCGUUCCGAUUCAGACUGUGCAAUUCACCGGAACCUGCCAACGGAGGAGCAAACUGUACUGGAGAUUUCAUCGAAGAACAGGAAUGCGAUUUACCCCCUUGUCCAGUGGAUGGUAAUUACACGGAGUGGGGAGAAUUCAGCUCAUGUUUCCCAAACUGUGGCAACGGAACUCAAAUACGGCAAAGGACUUGCACUAGCCCAAGGCCUGCCCAUGGGGGUAGAAGCUGUCUUGAACAAGGAUUGGGUGAUGACACAGAGGAGCGUCGCUGUAGUAAUGGUCCUUGCCCACAGAAUGGAAACUGGUGCGAGUGGGCGCCUUGGAGCCUAUGCUCUGCAACUUGUGGUCAAGGUUCUAGAAACAGAACCAGAGAAUGUGCUUGUCCAAGAGCUGCAAACGGUGGUCAGACAUGCCCGGGAAGUGGGGAAGAAGCCAAGUCUUGCAAUCUUGCCGAAUGUCCAGUUAAUGGUAACUACACUGCUUGGACAUCUUGGACUGCCUGUGACAAAUCAUGUGGGAAUGGCACCCGAACCAGAUCGCGUAGUUGCAGUAACCCCUCGACUGCCUUUGGUGGCAAGACGUGCAUCGAGCAAGGCCUAGGGGAGGACAUAGAGGACGAAGAAUGCUUCCUUCUUCACUGCCCAAUUGAUGGAAAUUUCACCGAAUGGAGUCAGUGGUCGCAAUGCUCAAAGACUUGUGGGGACGGGUUCCGAACGCGAGAACGAGCCUGCAGUAACCCUGCAUCCAAGUAUGGCGGGCUUGACUGUGCUGGUGACUCAAGUCAAAGGAAAUACUGUAAACUGGGAGAGUGUUGUGAUAUUCCUUAUAAGGACAUCGGUUGUUUCGCGGAUAACGCAGGAAAGGCUCGCCCUCUCCCCGAAAUGCUCUUCAGUGACGAAGCGAAACGAAGAUCCGAAAGUUGGGAAGAAUUCCUUCCGGACCUAAUUUGCUCCUGUGCAAAGGCUGCCAAAGAGAAGAAAUAUGCCUUUUUCGGCAUUCAAAAUUUUGCUGAAUGCUGGAGUGGUCCGAACGGGGAAGACACGUAUAAGAAAGAUGGUGCAUCGGAGAAGUGCAUUAGCACAACAAGGCUGCCGUUGGCUAAUGCCACUGCAAAUGCAUCGAAAACAGGAGACCAAUAUGAGCUGUGCCUCAAAGACAACUUGGUUUGCGCAGGAAAGCUGGGGACUAAUUACGUAUAUGGAGUUGAAAACGUGACUGUUGUUGAUGGUAACUACACGGAAUGGUCCGCAUGGGGCAACUGCACUGUGACCUGCGGAGGAGGUGUGAAGCAAAGAGAGAGGACUUGCACUAAUCCACGACCGAGCUUUGGUGGUAAAGACUGCUCAGUUCUUGGACCGGAUACUAGCACUGCCAGUUGCAAUACAAACCCGUGUCCAGUCGAUGGUAACUGGGGUGGAUGGGCCCCAUGGUCAUUAUGUAGUGUCUCCUGUGGCAACGGUACGGUGGUCCGGACAAGAGCAUGCAACAACCCGCCUCCACAGCACGGUGGGGAUCCAUGCUUUAAUGCUGCGAGCAACCAACAGGUUUCAGCAUGCUUUGCAGGGCAAUGUCCAGUUGAUGGUCAUUGCCUCAGCUGGGGAUCAUGGAGCGCCUGCUCAGUGACAUGCGGGGUCGGUAACAAAACGAGAACACGGAAUUGCACCAAGCCAUUGUACGGUGGAAAAGUGUGCACGUGCAGCAAGAAAGACAGCGAGAGCUGCAAAGUCAUGGACUGUCCUGUGAAUGGUAAUUGGGGCAACUGGUCGCCUUGGAGUUCUUGCUCGGCUUCGUGCAACUCAGGACUGAAAAACCGGAACAGAACAUGCAAUAACCCGGAGCCUAAAUUUGGAGGGCAGGGCUGCAAUGGUUCAAAAACAGAAUCCCUGAGCUGCAAUGAGACACCUUGUCCAAUUGAUGGGAAUUAUACUAGCUGGACCGGCUGGGACGAUUGUUCUGUGACGUGUGGAGGAGGAAUUCGUCAAAGAAGCCGUUAUUGUACGAACCCAACACCUCAAUUCAACGGAAAGAGCUGUUCCGAUCUCGGACCAUCGUCAGAAACUGAAAAUUGCAAUCCGGAACCGUGUCCUCAAAAUGGUGGCUUUUCUGAAUGGACUUCUUGGUCGAGCUGUUCCGCAGCUUGCGGCGAUGGUUAUCAGAACAGUUCAAGAGCCUGUACUAACCCUGAGCCUAAAUAUAAUGGAACAGAUUGCAUGGGAGAGCGGACCCGGGCCAAGGCAUGCAAAAUCCAGGAUUGCUGCAAAACUCCUUACAAGAGAUUGGGUUGCUAUAGCGACAAAGGAGGUACAAAACCUCUUCCCGAACUCCUGUUCGACGUAUCUGCAAAUGCAUCGAAGCUCAGCGGACAACAAUGGAACGUUUACUUACUUGAAAUGGUCUGUAAAUGUGCAGAGCAAGCCAAACAGAGAAAGUACACCCAUUUUGGUUUACAAGACUAUGGAAAGUGUUACAGUGGCUCUAACGUGAAGACCACCUAUGAUAAGGAUGGCCGCUCAUCGGAAUGUGUGUCUACCAGCUCAGGAGCUGGGGCCGCUGGUGAUUCACACUUAAAGUGCAGCUCUACCGAUCCACACUGUGCAGGAAAGGCUGGUGCAAAUUUCGUGUAUGGCCUCGAUUAUCCCGCAGUUAAUGGAAACUACACUGAAUGGUCUGAAUGGGAGCCCUGUUCCAGAACGUGUGACGUAGGCACCACAUCGAGAGUACGGAACUGCACCAACCCAGCCCCAUCUUUCGGAGGCAAUAAUUGCUCUUCCCUAGGGGCCGAUAUCGAAGUAAAACCAUGCCAAGUGGUACCUUGUCCAGUGAAUGGAAACUGGGGUGCCUGGAACACACCCUCACCCUGCUCAAAGACGUGUGGAAAUGGAACGAUGACGAGAACACGUGAGUGCAGCAACCCUGCCCCUGCGAACGGGGGACUUCCAUGCCCUGGUAAUUCAACCAUGACAACUGUGUGCAGCCUACAGCCAUGCAAAGUUGAUGGAAACUGGUCUCCAUGGACCGACUGGUCAAAGUGUUCCAAAACAUGCGGAGAAGGCGAGCGCCAACGCACGAGACAGUGCAACAACCCUGCCGCAAAUGAGUAUGGCAAACAGUGCGAAGGCGAUUCAAUUGAAGUUGUUACCUGCAACCAGGAACCAUGUUACGGCAAGCUUACGCCAUGGGGAGAGUGGUCUCCAUGUUCACACACUUGCGGAGACGGAACGCGUACACGUCGGAGAACCUGCGAAGGAGGUGAAAUAUGUUCAGGCGAUUUAAGUGAAACAGAGGCUUGCAACAUCCAGAACUGCCCUACAAGUUGUGACAAGAAUUUCGAUAUUGGGUUUCUCCAUGAUGUAUCUGGCAGCACUGUAAAUCAUUAUGAACUAGCUAAAAAGUUCAUUUUGUCGCUGGCUUCUACUUUUACUGUCAAUCAAGAGAAUACAAGAGUAUCGUACCUGGCAUUUUCAACAAAGCCUGAUGAAGUUAUUGCUGCUUUCAACAGACACAAUUCUUACAGCGACUUCGAGAAAAACAUUCAGACCUUCAUACAAGGAGGCUAUUCUUACAUAAACGUUGCCCUUGGUGGUGCAAACAAGACGAUGUUUUCAGUCGAGAAUGGAGACCGCCCACAGGUACCCGACAUCCUUCUAGUGUUAACAGAUGGGGAGCAAACAAUGGAUGUAUGGAAGAACCCCCCAUCUCUUGAUGAAGCAAUAAAUGCAUUAAAAGCUCGAGGCAUUACUGUUAUGGUUGUGGCUAUUGGGGAAGAAGGAAGGAUAAACAAUGAAACUCUUACGAAAAUUGCAUCUGAUAGCAAUUACAUUUUCAGAACACUUUCGUAUAAUGAUGUUUAUCGAUUGGUCUACAAUGUCAGCACAGCCUUGUGUUCAGUCGAAGGCGGAAAAUGGAGCGAAUGGACUGCUUGGACCAACUGUUCAGUGGCAUGUGGCAAUGGUACACGUGAAAGAACGAGGUAUUGCCAAGGAGGCCUUGUUGGAUCCGGUUCUUGUCAGGGAAAUAAAAAUGAAACGACUGUCUGUGUCAAUAAACCGUGUGUUGCCCCAGGCCCUUUCAAGUGUAACUCGGUCAUCGACGUAGCAUUUGUGAUUGAUAGUUCGAGCAGCAUCACAGACCACUGGAAAGACCUCAAAGAAUUCAUUAAGAAUGUUAUAGAUGCCUUUUCAAUUGGAAAAGAUGGCGUGCUCGUGUCUGUUGUUACUUACUCGGAUACCCCAAGAAAGGUUUUCGGCUUCGAUUCGAGAAUGACGAAGGAAAUCCUCAAGUUUGAUAUUGAGCAUCUCGAUCAGAUUGGGGGAGGUACCCGCAUUGACCUCGCCUUGCGAUUCACCUCUGAAAACGUGUUCUCUGACAAAGGAGACCGGCCAGGCGUUCCAGACCUCGUUGUUGUACUGACCGAUGGCAAGUCUGAUCCGGGCUCGGAACCUCUAGAGGCUGCAUCAGAGCCAUUGCGAGAACAGGGAAUUCAUGUCAUAUCUGUUGGCCUUGGCAAGGAUAUUGAUAUCCAAGAAUUGAAAACAAUCUCCACGUUCAAGGACACCGGACCAGUUUUGAUUGGCGAUCUCCAGAAACUUGUAACAUAUGUUGACUCUCUUGCGAAGGAAAUAUGCCAGGUCGUUGAUCGUCCAAGACCAAAGAGAGUCUACACUGGCUACAGCUGCCAACCAUCGCUUCUGUAUACAUUUGAUAAGAUUUGUGACAAAACUGUUUACGAUGAAUCCGGUAUAGGCAACAAUGGACAGAUCGUUUCAACUCCGAAAAUAUCCCAAGAUCAAAGAAAGUGCCAGAAUAAUAUACAAAUGUUGGAGCGUGGAGGAGUAAAACUUGAUGGUCCUAAUUUUAGAAGCAAACCAUCGUCAGCAGUUACCAUAGCUGCCUGGGUUAAUUCUUACUCUUUGUCAGACGAGGGUGCUGUCCAACAGAUAUUUAUCGCCAAAGACUCAAAGCAAAGAGCUCAAAUAUCGUUCCAAAUUAUUAAAAAGCAGAGAGUACAUGCCAUGAUCACCAAUGGAAAUCAAACUGUUUUCUCUUUUACAACUGUUGCAAACAAGAUCACCUUCUUUACUUGGUUUCACGUUGCAUUUACUGUCGAUAUUGCGACAAAGAAGCAUACUGUUUACAUAAACGGGGUCGCAUUGAAGGACAACGAGUUUGAAGAGGUGAAGACCGAUGGGCCUAAGUUCUUCUCCAUGGAUUGGGCCGGUUUGGUUGCCAUUGGCUUUGAUGAUGAGCUGAAUCCCACUGCUCAGUUUUUGGGUCUGAUCGAUGAAGUCUACUUGUUCCCCUGUGUAUUAUCUGAUAUUGAUAUCGUUGCGAUUCAAAAACGUUGUGGCGAAUACGCUCCAUUCAGUGGUGCAUUUACUGGUGCAAAUUACAAAGUGUAUGGCAAUGUGAAGAGUACCGACUUAGCCUCUCUCCAGAACGAAGUGAAGCAGGUGUCUCCAGUGGCUGCUUUCACAAUUAAACAUGCCACUGCUCCACCUUUCAAAGAAAUAAAGGAGAAAUUUAAUGCUAGUAUCUAUAACGGAGCUUUUGCUGCAGUGAUUUCUGGGUACUUUGUGCCUCCUUUGACUGGGCUGUACAAUUUCGUGAUCGAAGGCCACUUCCAAGCCAUGCUAUCAUUUUCGGUUGAAAAGAAGUCCAUAGAAACAGGCAUCGAAAGACAGACCUCCUUUAACGGAGAUACAGCCACUAUCCGCAAUGCCAAUGUGUCGGUUAACAUGCAAGCUGGAGCAUUUUAUUACUACGAAGUGCUUCAGUUAUCAAGUGAUGAGAUGAACUCACUGAACUUCAAUUUCACGAUGAACUGCCCGGGUGGAGCAGAGUUGUGCACCUCUAAACCAAUUCAAGACUCGUACUUGCAGUCCAGACUGCCCCGAAACUGCUCUGAAAUUGCUGAUCAGUUCGAUAACCUUCCUGAUGACGACUAUAUGAUUCGAAUGAGCCCGUCCUGCGAUGCUGUGAGCAUUUACUGUCGCAACAUGAAGUUAACUGAUUCAUUAACGAGAGCUUUAGAGUAUGUCACCUUACCAUCUGGAGCUAAUGAGAACUUUGCAAUGUAUUAUCGGCCAAGGCUGCAGAACUAUGCUACCUGCAGUGGCCCAGAAAUCGCCAAACCUAUGGAAACAACUGCGUAUUGGGGCCAAACCUGGUUCAAGAAAGUUAGAGUUUUACGAAACUCUAUGCAGAUAGACACUAAGGAUUUUACGUUCGCUACAUCGGAAGGGAGGCAGAUGGAGUAUGGUCGUGCUGGCGAUUGCUAUUCAAAGAGUACGGAGGACUGUCGCAAGGGACAGUUCAAAAUCAACUUAGAUGGCACCAAUCUUAAGCUAGAUGGAGCACCAAAGUGGAAGGCUACAGGAAUGCCUGAGGAUGAUUUCAGGAUAACACAAUUUACAAUAUCACCAGAAAAUACUGUGGUGACGGCUCAUUGUGGAGGAUCAUGUUCGGAGUGCAUGCCUUCGGAUCAUCUUCGCUUGCAACCAGAAAUUUGCUUCAACACCCUCCAACAGCAGCAACAGCAGACCCUUAUACCGCCUCCAGUGUCUUCGCCAGACAAAAGGAUGAAAAGAUCCGCGAAAGAAAAACGGGUUAAAAGAGACCGCAAAGGGGGUGCUGGUAACAGAUGGUGGAAGUGGUGGCCAUUUUGAAAUCGUCCUAGGGACAAAAGGAACUAGCAAUUAUGAACAUUAUAUCAGUGUUUCCAUGGCUUUAAGAGACAAAAAUGCAGGUUAAUGGAAACGAAUGGUGGAUGAUGUUGAAAUCUCAUCUUCUUUUAUCGCUAAUUCAUAAUUUGAGUGUAGUAUUAAGUAUCAUUAUUGUCGCAACCUUUCAGAGAAGAAGAGGAUGGGGAUGUUGUUGAGAGUCACCGUACCAUGGUUUGUUCGUUAGUAUGAAAGAUUUUAACUAGCUUUUGUAAUAUACUAAAUUUCAGAUCAGCUCGUAGAAUAGCUUUUAGCAAACAAAUAAAAUGUAUCUAAAUACUUACAACUCAUUUUUAAUAUAAAGAUAAAUGAAACAAAUUGUAAACGCACGAUGCAUGCUAUCAAUUCAAUUCUACCAACGGUGAAUCUAAAAUCAGGUUGUAAACAUCGUAUCGAUGUUAAUUGGGCAGAAACAAGCUCUUUUUAUCAUUUUAUAUUGCAGUGCUUACUAGCAUUUGAAAAGAGGAACUAGUAAGAGCUUUAGCAUUGUAGAGGUGAUAAGAUAUUUUAGGGAAGUAGUGUUUAAAAAAUUAGAAAGCCUUUUUAAUCAGUAAAAACAGAAGCCGGAUUGAUGGACUAAGCAGCCAGCAAUAGUAAGGAAUUCCGUAGCUUAAUGAUUUCACUUCAUGUUGUUUGUUUACCUGUUGAUAAAAGCAACUGCUUCAAACUCAAUCCAAACUUUUCCUAAAGACUUAAGCCUGUUCGAACACCGAUCUGGUAUCAAGCAAGACGCAGCAUUCUUACUUGAUAGACGUAGCAAUUCUAGAUAAUGUAGGCCUGCACGUUUUAAGUAGAGAUCGCAUUAGAUUUAAUGAAGAUAGAUUUAAGGCUUGCUUAUUAUCAAUAUUUGUCCUAGUAAGCAAUAGAAAAAUAUUAAUUUCGUUGAUAUAAGGGUGUAUUUUAACCGUAAUUUUUAUUCCCACAAUGAACUCAAACUGUUUUUCUGUUUCUAUCUCUUAAUACUAAAACAGAAUUUGAACGUGGAUUUUUCUACAUUUUUGAUUGCAAAGUUCCCUGUAAUCCAGUAGUCGAGUUUUAGAAGUAGUCCUUUCAGGAGAAGCAGUCGAAUAUUAGAAACAAAUAAUUUUUGUUGCUAUUGUGACUGACAAGGGAUAUACUUUUUGCAAACUUUACGAUGUGCUUUUCAAUCAUAGCACGCUUUUCGAAGCUUUACCCAUUUCAUGCUUCUCCUGCUCUAGGCUCUUCCUUUUAGCUUGUUUGCUGCAUCGAAUAAACACGAAAUAUUUCUCCUCUAUUUGGUACGUAGCGUUUCAACUGACUUUUUGAUCCAUAUCGCAAGUUGCGGAGAGUUUACUUACACGUUACACAUUACUUGAGGAGCUAUUAGUUCACAAGUAAUUUCUAGAGAGAGUUUUAUAUUUUUGAUUUUGAGCUGACCACUUUCCACAUUGCACCAAAGAAACUACAAGCCCAAAUAAAGCAUUGCUCUGUUAGAUAGCCACCAUUUUUAUUAUCUGAAUUUCGAGCACACUCUAGAUCUAUAUGGAUGUGCCCUCCAGUGUUUGAAUCAAAGAUAUGACAUCAUGCUUUAACGUCUUAGCGUUUCGUAAAGAAUGCAUUGCUACCAUAGGCGCAGACUUAGGGGGCUGCAGGGCUUGAGCCCCUCCUGAAGAAUAUUUAGGAGACCCAGCCUUACCCUGGGAAAUAAGAAAGUUUGCUAUCGAUUUGUUACAUUAAUUUUGAUAUUCUUGGUUUCACUAAUGGAAAUCAUGUCAAGAGAUUUAAUCAAGACGAUGAUGACCUCUUUCUACCCUCCGCCGUUGGCAGUCUCCUUUGCCAAUGGCAAUUAAUUUUUGAGCCCCCCCCCCCCCUUGGAAGUCUGCCCUUAUGAUUGCUGCUUCCCAUUUUAAUUUGGAAAAAUGUUUAUUUCGGUUGAAAGCAACACUAGAAAGCUUUUCAGGUUCUUGAUAAAACUGAAGUAUAUUUCCUUUUUUGCUUUAAAAAAUUAAAGGGUCGCGGGUUUUGCUAUCCAAAAGUAGAGCAAUACUGUUUUCAUCAUAGAAUGUAUUCCGUUUGCCAAUUUGAGUGUUAUGCAAACGAAGUAUUUGUGCGAAAAUUGCAUUUUGCGAGCCUUUUCUCCCAUAAAAUUGUUGAGAAUUUUCAGCUCUGGACCGAACCCUAUUUAUAUGAUACUAGCUUUGUUCUCCUUUUGUCGGCUCUGUUUGUUGAACCGUCAUAUCAGUUUUUCAAAAGAAAUACAAAUAAUAGAGCUCUUAGUUCUUCGAAACUCAAAAAUUGACAAUUUCUAAUUAGACAUUUCCAUAAUAAGGGCCUAAUUUGACUCAGCAGACAUUGCAGCUCUUUUUGCAGUUCUUCAACAUGUAACCUGGGUUGAUACGACAGUGUCCUCCAUCAGCCCAUGCCUUGCAGUUGCUGUUACUGUCGUAGCAAUUUGAGCCACCGCCUGUGUCGUAAAUAUAAGAUAUCAGCAAUUCUCGAGUAAAGUUAUGAAGGAGUUUUCAAGCAACAUCAAGGUCUUAGGAAGUCUUUUAUGUAAACUAUUUUAUGUAAAGAGGGAUCGAGUCGGGAAGAACAGUGACAUUGCUGUUUCACUUCCAGCUUGAAAAACGCAAAUGAGCAAUGAUGGCAAAUAAUCAGAUAAGGUAAGCACCACUGAUUCAAGCUGCUAAUUUACUUGUUGCUUGGUAUUUUCAAUUUUAAGCAACAGUUUUUCCAUUUUUCAUGUGUGUCUGGUGCACGGUGAAGUCUCUCCAGGGCUCCUUUUCUUAUCAGAUUCGUCAGUAUUUAGCAUUUACAUUCAGGUUUUUUCAACAGCAAUAACAAUAGAGUUAGUGAGUAACAUACCUCCAUUUUUGCAGGCAAGACAGCAGUAUGGCAGCAUGAAUCGCUCAUUUGUUUGGCAUUGACCAGCUUUGGCCCAUUCUGCACAUCUAUCAUAUCGAUUAAUGCAACCUUGGGAAAAAAAAGUUUUUUGAAUCUUAAGUAAUGCAAAAAGAUUCAUUGCCAUCCUCUUUACAAUCUUUUUAUCUAUGUCUAAAUGAUAUUUGGGUCGUAUGAAUCACUGGAAAUGUUGAAGUAGUAUUACAGCUGCAGUUUUUCUUCAAAGAAAAUAAAUCAGUCAAAAAGUUUGUUUGUUUCAAUCUAUUAGUCUGUUGUGUAACAGUUGAAAUUUCUAAUUACACAUUUAAAUAAAAUAAUCAUCAAAAUGAGAACAAAGUUUGCUUGCCAAACUGAUGGAAAUGCAAUCAAUAUUUUCAGCUUUGCUAGUAACUUGUGCCAUAAGGCUGAAUGCGGUUAGUUCAAUUAAAAUAGGCUUUUGCGGUCAACAAGAGGUUCAGUUUACCUUUAGGAGGAGGGACUUGAACGUUUUCGUAGCCAGUGCACUUGUACACCUUGUUUAACUGCCUAACGUCUGUUUGACUGAACCCGUCUCUCUGACCCAGCAUUCUGCUGCGAUCUUGAAUUGCCUCGAUUGUCAUCUUGUUGUUGAUACUGAAAGCCCAGUUCCCAUAAUGCAUCACGCUAUCAAAGUCGUAUCCUUCACCAUAGUAAUCAGCUUGACCAUGAGUGUACUUCUUGAAGUUGUAGUUGGCUGGUUGAAAAUUGAUUG